CGCCGGGCCCGGGCGGCAGCGGCGGCGGCGGCGGCGGCGCGCCCGGCCCCCUCCCCCGGCGCCGGCCACGGGAGGCGGUGAUGCGGGCGCGGGCGGCCUCGGCUGCGCCGAGAGCGGAGACACAGGCUCAAGAUGGCAGAUUCCGACUGAGGCUGGGGGGGCCGAGCUCGCGCGCCGCUUUCCCGUCCCCGUUGCCAUGAACCGCGGACACCCCGGCCCCGAUGGCCCCCGUGUACGAAGGUAUGGCCUCACAUGUGCAAGUUUUCUCCCCUCACACCCUUCAAUCAAGUGCCUUCUGUAGUGUGAAGAAACUGAAAAUAGAGCCGAGUUCCAACUGGGACAUGACUGGGUACGGCUCCCACAGCAAAGUGUAUAGCCAGAGCAAGAACAUUCCCCCGUCGCAGCCAGCCACCACAACCGUCAGCACCUCCUUGCCGGUCCCAAACCCAAGCCUACCUUACGAGCAGACCAUCAUCUUCCCAGGAAGCACCGGGCACAUCGUGGUCACCUCAGCAAGCAGCACUUCUGUCACCGGGCAAGUCCUCGGCGGACCACACAACCUAAUGCGUCGAAGCACUGUGAGCCUCCUUGAUACCUACCAAAAAUGUGGCCUCAAGCGUAAGAGCGAGGAGAUCGAGAACACAAGCAGCGUGCAGAUCAUCGAGGAGCACCCACCCAUGAUUCAGAAUAAUGCCAGCGGGGCCACUGUCGCCACUGCCACCACGUCGACUGCCACCUCCAAAAACAGUGGCUCCAACAGCGAGGGCGACUAUCAGCUGGUGCAGCAUGAGGUGCUGUGCUCCAUGACCAACACUUACGAGGUCUUAGAGUUCUUGGGCCGAGGGACAUUUGGGCAAGUGGUCAAGUGCUGGAAACGGGGCACCAAUGAGAUUGUAGCCAUCAAGAUCCUGAAGAACCACCCGUCCUAUGCCCGACAAGGUCAGAUUGAAGUGAGCAUCCUGGCCCGGUUGAGCACGGAGAGUGCCGAUGACUAUAACUUCGUCCGGGCCUACGAAUGCUUCCAGCACAAGAACCACACGUGCUUGGUCUUCGAGAUGUUGGAGCAGAACCUCUAUGACUUUCUGAAGCAAAACAAGUUUAGCCCCUUGCCCCUCAAAUACAUUCGCCCAGUUCUCCAGCAGGUAGCCACAGCCCUGAUGAAACUCAAAAGCCUAGGUCUUAUCCAUGCUGACCUCAAACCAGAGAACAUCAUGCUGGUGGAUCCAUCUAGACAACCAUACAGAGUCAAGGUCAUCGACUUUGGUUCAGCCAGCCACGUGUCCAAGGCUGUGUGCUCCACCUACUUGCAGUCUAGAUAUUACAGGGCCCCUGAGAUCAUCCUUGGUUUACCAUUUUGUGAGGCAAUUGACAUGUGGUCCCUGGGCUGUGUGAUUGCAGAACUGUUCCUGGGCUGGCCGUUAUAUCCAGGGGCUUCAGAGUAUGAUCAGAUUCGGUAUAUUUCACAAACACAGGGUUUGCCUGCUGAAUAUUUAUUAAGCGCAGGGACAAAGACAACUAGGUUUUUCAACCGUGACACGGACUCACCAUAUCCUUUGUGGAGACUGAAGACACCAGAUGACCAUGAAGCAGAGACAGGGAUUAAGUCAAAAGAAGCAAGAAAAUACAUUUUCAACUGCUUAGAUGAUAUGGCCCAGGUGAACAUGACAACAGAUUUGGAAGGGAGCGACAUGUUGGUGGAAAAGGCUGACCGGCGAGAGUUCAUUGACCUGUUGAAGAAGAUGCUGACUAUUGACGCUGACAAGAGAAUCACUCCAAUCGAAACCCUGAACCAUCCCUUUGUCACCAUGACACACUUACUGGAUUUUCCCCACAGCACACACGUCAAAUCAUGUUUCCAGAACAUGGAGAUCUGCAAGCGUCGGGUGAAUAUGUAUGACACAGUGAACCAGAGCAAAACCCCUUUCAUCACGCACGUGGCCCCCAGCACAUCCACCAAUCUGACCAUGACCUUUAACAACCAGCUGACCACUGUCCACAACCAGGCUCCCUCCUCUACCAGUGCCACUGUUUCCUUAGCCAAUCCCGAAGUCUCCAUACUAAACUACCCAUCUACACUCUACCAGCCCUCAGCGGCAUCCAUGGCUGCAGUGGCCCAGCGGAGCAUGCCCCUGCAGACAGGAACAGCCCAGAUUUGUGCCCGGCCUGACCCGUUCCAGCAAGCUCUCAUCGUGUGUCCCCCCGGCUUCCAAGGCUUGCAGGCCUCUCCCUCUAAGCACGCUGGCUACUCGGUGCGAAUGGAAAAUGCAGUUCCCAUCGUGACUCAAGCUCCAGGAGCUCAGCCUCUUCAGAUCCAACCGGGUCUGCUUGCCCAGCAGGCUUGGCCAAGUGGGACCCAGCAGAUCCUGCUUCCCCCAGCAUGGCAGCAGCUGACGGGAGUGGCCACCCACACAUCAGUGCAGCACGCCACCGUCAUUCCUGAGACCAUGGCAGGCACCCAGCAGUUGGCGGACUGGAGGAACACGCAUGCUCACGGAAGCCAUUACAAUCCCAUCAUGCAGCAGCCUGCGCUAUUGACCAGUCAUGUGACCCUUCCAGCAGCCCAGCCCUUAAAUGUGGGUGUGGCCCACGUGAUGCGGCAGCAGCCAACCAGCACCACCUCCUCCCGGAAGAGUAAGCAGCACCAGUCAUCUGUGAGAAAUGUCUCCACCUGUGAGGUGUCCUCCUCUCAGGCCAUCAGCUCCCCACAGCGAUCCAAGCGUGUCAAGGAGAACACACCUCCCCGCUGCGCCAUGGUGCACAGUAGCCCAGCCUGCAGCACCUCGGUCACCUGUGGGUGGGGCGACGUGGCCUCCAGCACCACCCGGGAGCGGCAGCGGCAGACAAUUGUCAUUCCCGACACCCCCAGCCCCACGGUCAGCGUCAUCACCAUCAGCAGUGACACGGACGAGGAGGAGGAACAGAAACACGCCCCCACCAGCACUGUCUCCAAGCAAAGAAAAAACGUCAUCAGCUGUGUCACGGUCCACGACUCCCCCUACUCCGACUCCUCCAGCAACACCAGCCCCUACUCCGUGCAGCAGCGCACCGGGCACAACAACGCCAACGCCUUUGACACCAAGGGGAGCCUGGAGAAUCACUGCACGGGGAACCCCCGAACCAUCAUCGUGCCACCCCUGAAAACCCAGGCCAGCGAAGUAUUGGUGGAGUGUGAUAGCCUGGUGCCAGUCAACACCAGUCACCACUCGUCCUCCUACAAGUCCAAGUCCUCCAGCAAUGUGACCUCCACCAGCGGUCACUCUUCAGGGAGCUCAUCUGGAGCCAUCACCUACCGGCAGCAGCGGCCAGGCCCCCACUUCCAGCAGCAGCAGCCGCUCAAUCUCAGUCAGGCUCAGCAGCACAUCACCGCGGACCGCACCGGGAGCCACCGACGGCAGCAGGCCUAUAUCACUCCCACCAUGGCCCAGGCUCCCUACUCCUUCCCGCACAACAGCCCCAGCCACGGCACUGUCCACCCCCACCUGGCUGCAGCCGCCGCCGCCGCCCACCUCCCCACCCAGCCUCACCUCUACACCUACACCGCGCCUGCGGCCCUGGGUUCCACCGGCACCGUGGCCCACCUGGUGGCCUCGCAAGGCUCGGCGCGCCACACCGUGCAGCACACUGCCUACCCAGCCAGCAUCGUCCACCAGGUCCCCGUGAGCAUGGGCCCCCGGGUCCUGCCCUCACCCACCAUCCACCCGAGUCAGUAUCCAGCCCAGUUUGCCCACCAGACCUACAUCAGCGCCUCGCCAGCCUCCACCGUCUACACUGGAUACCCACUGAGCCCCGCCAAGGUCAACCAGUACCCUUACAUAUAAACACUGGAGGGGAGGGAGGGAGGGAGGGAGAGAAUGGCCCGAGGGAGGAGGGGGAGAAGGAGGGAGGCGCUCCUGGGACCGUGGGCGCUGGCCUUUUAUACUGAAGAUGCCGCACACAAACAAUGCAAAAGGGGCAGGGGCGGGGGGCAGGGGGACGGGACGGGACACCAGUGAAACUUGAACCGGGAAGUGGGAGGACGUAGAGCAGAGAAGAGAACAUUUUUAAGAGGAAGGGAUUAUAGAGGGUGGGAAAUCUAUGGUUUUUAUUUUAAAAAAGAAAAAGGAAAAAAAAAAAGUCAAUAACAAAAAACACAGCUCAAGAACCCAUUCUACGCCAAACUGGAAAGGAGAAGAGAGCAACAGGAAGAUUCCAGAAGCGGGGGCCCCAGUUUUUGAAGAACUUUAUGAACUUUUCAAAGAUUAUUUUCAUAUGACAGCAAGUGAUACGGAAGACUUUGCUGUCAGGGACACCUGAUAUGGAAAUCAAAUAGAUUUUUAAUUAAUUGAACAUAAGAUUUAGGGAUUUUUCCAGAACUCGAAAGGGUCAACAGCUCUCCAGAACGUCAGGCUGCAGCCUGGGGAGGCUGAUGUUUGGAGCUGGUGUGGGGUUGGCAAAGCCAAGUCCAGGCUCCCUAGUCAGGAAAGAUGGGGGGCGUCCAGGCUGCUGGAAGGCCCUCCGGGGCGCAGGGCGGGUUUUCUUUUUCUGAGCCCUCUGGAUAAAUCCCUAAGCAAUGUUGUUCCUCAAAUGUCAUUAAUAAUGUGUGUUGCAAACUUUAGGUUUUUUUCUUUUCUGAAAAUGUAUUUUCUCUUUGAAUCCACCCCUAGUCGCAUAGCGUAGGGCUAGCGGUCGUCACGGACACCCUAGUAGAAUGUAGCACUCAGCACCCUUGUCUCCUACCUUGUGUUCAACUCCAAUGAUACCAAUAGAAUAUUCCUCAAUGUAAUUGCACAAAAAAAAAAAAGCGAUAUAACAUAGGCAUGUAACCAAUGUGG